AUGAACCCUUUAACCUUAGAAAUCACCAUUAAAUCCGCAGAAGUUUUCAAGAAACACGGUGUUUGCUUCGGCAAGAUGCAGCUAUACGCCACCGCGUUCCUGGUGGGCGGCGACCGAAACUCCGCCGAGUGUCGAACAAACGUGGACGAGUAUCGCGGCUCGCGGCCUUUCUGGUGGAUUGUCGCGAGUUUUCGCACCCACGAAACCGAGGUUCGCAGCAACAAUGUGGCCUUGGUUUUUGAAGUCAAGUGUAGGAAGAGCGUGGGGCCCGACAAAUGUGUUGGCACGACUUUCGUGCCGAUAAAACAGUUUUUUGAUCAUUGCGUGAGCCAGGGCUUCCAAUACCAAGAUGUGGCUCUUGGGAUUAGUUCCAAAUUGGGGAAGCCCAGAGGUGUUUUGUAUCUUUCCUAUGUUUUUACUGCUCAUAAUUUUCUAGAUUUUUCACGUUUUUACGUGCCGUCUGCCCCUCCGCUGUUCCAUGCUUUAGAUUCGGUGCAGGAGGAUAGAGAUGAUUAA